AUGUUUGUCCAGAGUCUCUGUGCGCUCGCGCUGGUCUCCUUGACCUCAGGGCAAUUGGUUCCUCCAAACUCAUUUCCCCAUGUUUGGCCGGGACAGCCCAAGGGUGGCUUCAGUCCUGAAUGGCAAAACUACUUCGAAGUGAAAAAUCUCUCGUCGGAAAUCCCUGCUGGCCUGCCGCGCAGCUUUGCGGGCAACAUCCCCGUCAACCGCGCAGGUCACCCGAACAACACUCUGUUCUUCUGGGGCUUCGAACGUCAGGGUGCGAAUGGGACGCUCACUGCGCCAGCACGCGCGAACAAUACGGAGCCUUGGAUUCUGUGGCUGCAGGGAGGGCCCGGAUCUUCUGGCAUGCUCGGGUUGUCGACGGAGAACGGCCCGAUCCACGUACUGAGCAACGGGUCGUGGGUCUUGAACCCGUUCAGCUGGAACACACUAGCGGACACGAUUUGGAUCGACCAGCCUGUCGGAACGGGCUUCUCUACCUCAGACGCGAAGGGAUAUGUCCCGGAUGAGGACCAAAUGGCUGAGGAUUUUCUUGGGUUCCUCGAAAAUCUGGUCAAAGUCUUUCCCAGUCUCGCUACGCGCCCCCUCUACCUGGCGGGUGAGAGCUAUGCUGGAACAUAUAUUCCCUACAUCGUCAAACAUCUCUUCGCGCGCCCAUCCAAUCCGGUGACCCUGCGCAAAAUCGCCAUCGGUGACGGUUCCCUAGGCUCUCUCGCUACCAUCCGUGACCUCCCCGUCAUCAACAUAAUCGAGACAUAUCCAGCAAUCAUCGGUUAUGACCAAGAUGUAUUCAAUUACUUCAAGGAACAGCACCACCUCUGCGGAUUCGACCUGAACUUGACGUACCCCCAAGUCGGGACGUUCCCCACUCUGAACCUCACCAGCGGUCUGCGGGCAUCUCUUGGAGCCGCCGGUACCAGCUCACGAGCUGCCGCAUCCUUGAAGGCGGCCUUUGCGCGUGAACUCGCCGCACGUCAGCGCACCUCUCGCGACAGCCUAGAUGUGAGCGAACGUCUGCAGAAGAGGUCAGAAUGGAAGCGCGACUUGUCCGGGCGCGCAAAUGGGACGCUCGAUCCCUGGUACGGCUGCGACGUCUUCGACGAGAUGAGGGACUACGCCCUCAACUUCACGUUCCCGUGGUCAAACGGGGGCUUCGACGUCUACGACAUCCCUGAUGCGACGCACCCAGAACCUCCGCUGAACGCCGCGCCCUUCCUGAACGACCAACGCACGCGCGCAGCGCUGCACGCGCCGACCUCCAAGAACUGGAGCAGCAGCUUCAACUAUCCCUUCGGCUCAGUGUACAACAAGAGCAUCGGUAACGAGCACGGCGACCCCAGCGUCGAGCCGGUCGCGUUCCUCUCGGCGCUCGCCGCCAACGCGAGCACGCGCAACGUCUCCAUCGUCUUCUAUUCGGGCAACGACGACUCGCAGGUGCAGCACCGCGGGACGGAGGUCGUCAUCCAGAACUUCACCUUCGGGGGCAUCCAGGGGUUCACGCGCAAGCCGUCCACGCCGUGGUUCGACGACGAUGGCGACGUCGCGGGGAUCGUGCACCAGGAGCGCAACCUCACUUACGUCCUAUUCGCUGGGGCUGGACAUCUCGUGCCGCAGUGGAAGCCCGCCCAGGCCCUCGUCUUCCUGCGCGAGUUCGUGCUCGGAACAAACAAGAACGGCACUGUCGAGGGUUCGGCCGUCGUCGGCGGCGAGGACGCGACGCUGGCUGGGGAAUACUUGCCUGGGGGCGCAGAGAUCUUCUACGGGUCCGGGACGACUGCGGGGACGUCCGCCGUUCCAAGCGCAACGAUUGCGGCUUGGGAGAGCUUCCUCGCGACGGCGACCGCUACCACGGUUGCGAGCGUGGGCGCGAGUGCGACGUCAUCUUCGGUCGGGAGUACGACACCCUCUGUCUCAGGAGCAUCUAGCUCAUCAGCUCUGACGAGCUCUUCCUCGACGAAUGGAGUGAUGGCUCCGAGGUGGAAUUUUGGUCUGGGCUUCCUUUUGUCGGGUAUCGUAGCGGUAGUGCUUCUGCGCGAGUAG